AUGCAAACAUUCAUGAAUACAUUCUCCAGUAACUAUCUGUUAGAUAAACAGACGACAGGGACAAAAAUGGCAUCAGUUAAUUCGAUUGAAGAUGAAGCUGAACUGCAGAAAAUGUUCAACGCAGCGAAAGAUCCUGACGAACGGAAAAUUCUUCGUACACGAUUGUUGGAAGUAAAGAAGAUUAAUAGUGAAAAACGUGAAAAAGAACGAAUCGAACGUGAACAACGUCGAGAAGAUGAUAUCAAACGACGAAAUCAAGCUCAAAUUGAGGAAAAUGUUCAACGCAUGAAAGUUUUUGAAGACACAGCCAAAAGUUUCGGAACGAAACUCGAAACACAAAUCGAUAAAUUGAAAGAUCAAGCACUUAAAGACAAACAAGCAUAUAUCGAAAAAGAACGCAAAGCUGAAUUAGCUCGUAUAGAAGCAGCAGCUAAACAACAUUUGUCAGCAAGUAUCGGGCCCGAUCGAAAUGAGGCAAUGACUAAACAACGACAACAAUGGGCCGUUGAAGACAAGGAGAUCGAUAAGAAGAAUUUGAAAGAUCUAUCGAAAUACACGGCAAGUUCAACAUCAAAAUAA